AUGAAAAAAUUACAAAUCAAUAAUUCUACAACAACAACUAAUGUAAUACGCCUUACAACAUCAUCAAAUCCUCAUACAACAUCAGCAAGUAAAAAAUCUCUUGAAACAGCGUCGUUAAAUAAAUUUUUACGUGCUUGUGAAAUAUCAUUACCUUUUAAUUCAACAACAACUUCUGUUAACAAGAAGUUAUCAUUCAAAGAAGAACUACGCCAUUAUAUGGCUACAGCUCAUUUAAGUUCAAAUUUUGCUGAAUAUUGGCUUCAGAAGGAAGAAAUUCUACCACAGCUUUUACAAUUUGCUAAACGGUACAACUGUAUUCCUGCAAGUAGUGUUCCAAGUGAAAGUGCAUUUAGUCUCGCUGGACACGUUCAUCGUAAAGCUCGUUCAUCACUUUCAUCAACAGCUAUAAGAUACUCUAUGGUUCCACAUGAAUUGAUAAUAAAAUUAUCUUUCACAUAA